AUGGAGCCCGCCGUGGCCCCGCUCCAGGCGCGCGUGGCGGAGCUGGAGAGCGCCAACGCCUACCUGGAGCAGUGCCUGGGCAACGUGGUGCAUGUCUCCCAGGGCGCGGUGCAGCUGCAGCGCGACUUUGACGAGGCCCUGGCCCUGGCGCAGGCGGCGGAGGAGCGCAGGGCGCGGGUGCAGGCCGAGGCAGACGCCCUCAAGGGCCGGCUGGCAGCCGAGGCCACCGCGCGCGCGGCGGUGCAGCUGGAGGUCAACGCGGCGUGCGCCGAGAUCGAGCAGCGGCGGCGGGAGGACGCGGCGCGGCGAGCGGCGGAGCGGGAGGCGCGGCUCGCGGCGGAGCGGCGGGAGGCCGAGGAGGCGGCGGAGCGGCAGUGGGUCAAGGAGGCGCUGCUGGCGGCGGAGGAGGAGCGGCGGCAGCUGUCAGACGCUUUGCUGGCGGCCCAGGCCGCCGGGGAGGCGCAGCAGCAGCAGCUCUCAGACCUGCAGCAGCGGCUUGCCGCCUUGACAGCUGGGCAUGUGGGUGCAGGAGCACUGCAGCAGCCGCAUGAACGGGGACAGGAGCAGGGGCAGGGGCCGGGGCAGGGGCAGGGGCAGGGCGGGGAGCAGGAGCUGCUGCAGCAACCGCAGCAGCAGCAAGGAGUGCAGCAUCAACAGUCAAGCGCAGUGCAGCAGGUGGCAGCUGCCCUGGCGGCGGCGCGCUCCGGGCGCUGCACGCAGGAGCAGAUGCAGUUGCUGCAGCAGUUGUGUAACCUGCAACAGCUAGCGUCAAGGUCUCAAGGCGCCGCUGACGCUGAUGGCACCCAGCAGCAGCAGCAGCAGAAGCAGCAGCAGGAACAGCAGCAGCAGCAGCAACAGCAGCAGCAGCAGCAGCAGCAGCAACAGCAGCAGCAGCAGCAGCAGCAACAGCAGCAGCAGCAGCAACAGCAACAGCAACAGCAGCAGAUGCUGGCCAAGGCCUGCAGCGCGCGCGACGAGGUGCAGCGGCAGCUGGCGGCCGUCCUCCAGGCUGUUUCGGCCGACAGGCGCAAGUGGGAGGAGGCGCUGAACGCCGUGGCGUCAUCGCGUGCCGCGCUGCUGCGCGAGUUGCAGCUCGAGCAGGGCAAGCGCCAGCAGCUGAACGAAAACCUGCUGAAGGUGGCCGGCCACGCGGCGCAGCAGGUAAAGCAGCUGCAGCAGCUGCAGCAGCGGCAGCGCGAGCUCGAGCAGGAGGACGCGGCGCUGAACGCGCAGUGCGAUGCGCUCACGCGGCAGCUGCAGGCGGCGCAGCAGGCGGCGGCGGGGGCUCAGGGGGAGCUGGCGGCCGCGCGGCGCGACGCAGAGGAGCGCGCGGGCGAGCUGCUUGCCGAGCAGCGCGCAGCGGCCGCGCUGCGCGAGCAGCUGGCGGUGCUGGGUACGCGGCUCGAGCGCGCCGAGGCGCCCCACGGGCCGCUGCGCGGGGUGCAGGCGCAGGUCGCACAGGUGCUCGCUGACUUGCGGGCGGCACAGGCAGCGAACGCGGCGCUUCAACAGCAGCUCGGCGAGGCGCGCGAGCAGUUUGCGGCCGCGCAGGCACAGCAGUUUGCGGCCGCUGCGCCGCCGCCGGCGAGCGCUGCUGUUGAAGCGGAGCGCUCUGACGUGCCGCUGCUGCAGCGCGCGUUGGAGGAGGCAAAGCACGGGUUGGAGGAGGCCAAGGCGGCAAACGCGGCGCUGCAGCAGCAGCUGGCAGGAGCUUUGGAGGCGUUUGCGGCUACGCAGGGGCAGGGGCCGGCGCAGCAGGCUGGUGCGACUGUGCUGCCGGCGGAGAUGGAGCGUCUGCAGCUGGUGGCGCGGGAGGCCAAGGCCGGCGCAGCGGCUCUGCAGCAGCAGCUGGACGAAGAGAGGCGGCUGCGCGCAGCUGCGGACGAGCAGCUCGCGCAGGCCGCGGCGCUGCAGCAGCAGCUUGAGGAAGAGCGGGCGGCGCGCAUCGCAGCGGAGGAGAGAUUAUUGCAGGCUGCAGCGCUGCAGCAACAGUUGGACGAGGAGAGACAGGCGCGCCAAGCGGCUGAGGAGCGGUUGCAGCAGGCAGCAGCGGCUCAGCAAGCUGCAUCCGCCGCUGCGGCGGCCGCAGCGGCGGCGGCCGGGCCCCGGCUCCGACUGGAGGCUGCACCAGCCACAGAGGAGGCUGCCCAUGGCUAUGACGCCGGGCCGCGGCAGGCGCAGCAGGUGGCGGAGCUGCAGAAACGGCUGGACGAGAAGGCCCGCGAGCUCCAGAGCACCCGCCAACGCCUGGAGAAGGCACACGGCGACCUCCGCACCUCCACCAGCUGGAUGGAGACGGCGCACUCCGAAUCGGAGGACCUGCGGCGCCAGUUGCGGGACGCGCAAGAGGAGAACGCGCGUCUGCGGAGGCGCCGCGGCGCACCAGCGGAGGCGGCGGGCUCGGCGAGCACGGAGGCGGGUGUCGCCGGGGCGCCGGGGGCAGGCGUGAAGCGGCGGCUCUCGACACCCGAGAGCGAGCGUGACGUGAUAGAGAUCGACUGA